UAAGAGUAAAUUAAAGUGAACCGAAGCGAACCAAAAUUAAACCAAACCAAAACUUCUCAUCAUGGCCACUGCUGCGGGAUUCAAAAUCCCGGAGAUGAAUUGGGACGCCACCGAUUUGCGGGAUGAAUUAGCCCAGUUCAAGCAAUACUGCGACUUGAUUUUCAGCUGGCCAUACUCGAAGAAAUCGGCUAAGGGACAAGCCACGUUCAUUUAAUUAUGGAUUGGAAGACAAGGAUUAGAAACAUACAAUAGUUGGACCUGGGAAGAAGCAGAAGACAGCACGAGUCCAGCGAAAAUAUGGGAGCGAUUUGAGAAAGAAGUAGCGCCGAAAGUGAACCACAGGUUAGCCAGAUACAAGCUUCAACAGCUCAGGCAGAAGAAUGAUGAAUUUGUCGACGUUUUCCUGACACGUUGUCAAAAUCAAGCUACGAGGUGUCAAUUCAGAGACAAGGACGAGUCCGACGAGCGCCUGAUCGAGCAACUAAUCGUUGGAACCAAACACAAGAAAGUACAGGAAAGGUUAUUAGAAAAAGGUGAGCAGCUUACUCUCGACGAGGCUAUUGACAUCGCUAGGACCUACGAGGCCACCCAAUCACAGAUGGAAGAGUUGGAUGGCGAAAGCAACAAAGAUAUUCAUGGAAUUAAGGGGGUCGAGCCUAGAAAGAAGUGCCCCGCAUAUGGAUCUGUGUGCCUAAAUUGUCAGAGAGAAAAUCACUGGGCAAGGGUUUGCCGCUCCAGAAGCCAAGGUGGAACACGUGGCAGGCAAAGGAACAGAGAAAACCGUAAGUCGCCUCAUCACUCCAGUAGUAAAGACCAACGCAACAGACGAAGAUCCGCAAGUGGAAAAUGUAGAGAUGGAGAUAGAAGAGACCUGAGCGAUCAGUUUGAAACAAUUACGUUUGAAUCCAUCACAGUUGAUUUUAUCGGGCCUCAAGAUCAACCGGCAAAUGAGGCGUUUUUAACUGUAAAUGUUGACUUACACAGCAUCAGUAGUCGGCCAACUGCGCUCAAGACCAAGUUAGCCAUCAUUGGGCUGCCAACAUCCCUGGAACUCAACCUUGUCACUCUAAAUUGCUCAGUGCAGCGAGGUUCACCGUUGAAUGCCAACCGCACUUGUGAACAGGUUACACCCAUUAAAGACAAGGAUGAGCUAGUGAAACGUUACCCUGAUUGCUUCGAUGGUGUUGGAAGAUUCCAGGGUCAGUACCAUAUCACUGUGGUCCCGUCUGUACCCCCGGUUGUCCACACUCAAAGACGCAUGCCAUUGAGUUUGCGUGAUUACAUAAAAGAAGAGCUGGACGAUAUGGAGUCCCGAGGGAUUAUUACUAAGAUAAAAGAGGGCAAGCUGACGGCCUGGGUGAACAGUCUGGUGUACAGCAGGAAACCGAAUGGUAAACUGAGACUAUGUCUAGAUCCCAAAGACCGAAACAAGACCAUUUCCAGAGAGCAUCACAUGAUCCCUACUCUGGAAGAAAUUCUCUUAAAGCUAAGUGGUGCCAAGUACUUCUCCAUUGUUGAUGCAAAAUGUGGUUAUUGGAACGUUGUGCUAGACCAGGAAUUAAGCUAUUUAAGAGCUUCUGCCUGAGA